UUUACUUUGAAAACAAAAGAACCGGAAGUCUCAUUUCGUCGGUGGACGCUGAGCAGCGACAGGGAAACGUCCACUAUGGCGGAGACCCACAGUUUACAGGACCUCCAGCAGCCAGCUGUCUCCUCCAAGGUGUUUGUCCAGAGAGACUACGGCUCAGGAACCAUCUCCAAGUUCCAGACCAAGUUCCCCUCUGAACUUGAGUCAAGGCUUGAUAAGCAGCAAUUUGAGGAAACCAUCCAGACUCUCAACAACUUGUAUGCAGAGGCAGAGAAACUAGGGGGGAAGUCUUACUUGGAGGGCUGCCUGGCUUGUCUGACUGCGUAUACAAUAUUCCUCUGUAUGGAAACGCACUAUGAAAAGGUGUUAAAGAAGAUUUCUAGGUACAUUAAGGACCAGAAUGAGAAGAUAUAUGCUCCCAGGGGGUUGCUGUUGACUGACCCCAUAGAGAGAGGCCUCAGAGUCGUUGAAAUUACCAUCUUUGAAGACAGAAGUAUUGGAUCUGGAAGAUAAAGAACUUUGGGGCUGAUGACCCUGACCAGAUACUCAUUACCUGCCUGGCAGCACAUAUUCAGAUUUCCGCUUCGCCCAUAUGGAUGUAUAUUAAUUUCAUCUGAUCCGUUUCUCUGUUAUUUAUGAGCUCUAAUUUCUGCCUAUCCUCAUAUUUCUGUAAAUGUGUUUUAAUGUCUUUUUAUACAUGCAGUGAUGUACAAAUCAUGUACUAGUUGAUCAAGACAGGUCUUUAUGAACAGUGCCAUUGUGUUAAAUGCAACUUUUUGACCAAGGUAAAUAUAAGUUAUUUCACUUUUGUAUGUUUUUGCAAAUAAUAUAAAGUCAAAUAAUGUAUGUAGUCACAAAUAACUGCUAGGAGAGUUAUGGCACAGUGUGUAAAUGGUCCUGUUAUGGGAAGUGCUCCACAGUAUUGACAUGCUGGUUGUAGCCUUUGUCGAGGCAAAUGUUUCUUAUCAUAGCAUGAUUGUGACUUUUUUGGGGGACGGGUGGGGUCAAGUCUUGUGAAAUCUGCACAUUGGAAGUUCUGAACUGGAUUUUUGUGACUGAAGAUGAAGCAUGUAUACUGUUUAUAAGUCCAUCACAUCCUAACAGAUUGACCUGGUAGAUUUAGAGGAAUUUCCAUCUGUGUCAUAGUACAACAUCACUAAAUCUCCCAAAGUCCUAUUACAUGUUUCUCAUAAGAUACACCACCUAUAUUGAUAAUAUCAUACCCUUUUUUCAUGUUCACCAAACACCACAGAACCCUUAAACAUUCUCAACACCACAGAUGAUUGCUAUUGUUGGUGUUUGAUACCGCUGGUUUACUUUUUCUUACAAAUUUUGUUCUGUUUUAUCUAAAUAAAUAGCGUUUUCCUGCCCGGAAUAUGCAUAGCUCCUUG